AUGAAUCUUCCGGACGCACCCUUCCCGUUGCGACUUGCAGAGUUUGCUGCAACCGCCCACAUAUGUGAUGGCAAGGCUGCGCCUGAAUGGAAGUCCCACGGUCUUGUCGACUGUAGCUUCUGGAGGCAUGCUCGCGAGGCGGAGGCGGCCGGGGUAUUUGGUUUAGAAACCAGUCUCGGAAUCUGGCCGCAACCACGUCUUCAGCCGGACACUUCGAAUUAUCGAAUUUCUGACUUCGCGGAGAUUGCGAUAGAUAGAGCCACUGGCAAGAUGUUGUUCAUUGUGUUUUUGGUGGAGAUUAAACGUCCCCUGUUUUUCGUGGACAAUCUUGAAGGGCUUCGCGACGUGAUGCGCGAUAGUGCUCUGAAGAAAGAGCGUGAAAAUUAUGAUACACUCUUUGUGGACAAGCUGCGGUGGCAGGCAUCGAAACAGGCCGAGCACGGCUUUAUGGAGUAUCCGAAUCAGAACGUCCUCCCUGUGCUUUGCUCCUCUGGCCUCAUCGGCUCCGUCAUCAUUUUCGUCCGGAAGGGCUCAGCGUUUGAAGAGACAGUUGCUAGGCUGGAUGCCCUUGACGAUGUCUGGACGUGGCGUCGUCCAACGGAGUAUUCUGUCCAAAACAAGCGCACUACCAAUAUCAACAACACGAUGGCUAGCCUUCAACAGGAAACCGAUUGGACGAGCCUUCCGCUCGAUGAGCGCGACGCACGUACGAGCACCUUCAAAGCGAAGUUGGAUCCGUGUAGUAUGCAGGGCUACGUUCUCCUGCACGGCUUUGACCUCUAUCAAUUCACCGAUGGCGAGACAGGGCUCGUGCCCUCUGCCCUGAUGAGGUUUGCACUCGACAUAAUGUGUCGUGUCCACCCUCAAUAUUCCGACCAUCCCAUCGAUGAAGGGGGCUAUUUUUGUGGCACCGGUAUAACUACGACUCUGGGCGAUGACGAGGCCGAUGCCCUCCUACGGGUUUCCAUACCAUAUACACCGUACACAUUGGAGAUACAGCAGAAAGCAUUACUCAGACCGUUUCGCAGGUCCAGGACGAUUGUGUCAGCCAGGCCUCGACAAGGGCGGUUAUCUGAGAUUACUGCUCCGGGGUCUUCGAAACAAAACUCCCACGCGAAGGUUAAGAAGGGCAGGGCGAAUCUGAAACGGAAGGUCGGGGUGCGGAAUGUCGGUCCGUCUAGAGGCGCGAACAAGACAGUGAAGGUUGUAGGCAAACAGCGGGAAGUAGGAUUGAAGGGAGAGGAAGACGAGGAGGAAGACACGGAGGAAGACACGGAGGAAGACACGGAGGAAGACACGGAGGAAGAGUAG